AUGAAUGUCAACAAAGUUCCAAACAUUCCAGGAUCACCUAUACUCUCUGCGUUGCUUAAGGUCGGUGUCAUCGGUGGGCUUGGAGUCUACGGCAUUGCUAAUAGCGUCUACAAUGUCGAAGGAGGACACCGUGCCAUCAUGUUUAACCGUCUUACCGGUAUCAAAGACAAGGUUUAUCCAGAGGGCACACAUUUUAUGAUACCAUGGUUUGAAAGGCCAAUCAUCUACAAUGUUCGUGCAGUUCCUUACCAAGUGAACAGCGACACUGGAAGUCAUGAUCUUCAAAAGGUGUCAAUUGGGCUUAGGGUUCUUCAUCGUCCAAUGGGAGACCGCUUGCCGCAGAUGUACAGGACACUAGGUCAGAAUUACGAAGAACGAGUUUUGCCUUCCAUCACCAAUGAAACUCUCAAAGCAGUUGUGGCUCAGUACAAUGCAAGCCAGCUCAUUACUCAGAGAGAAGCUGUGAGCAGGGAGAUACGCAAGAUUCUGACAGAGCGAGCAGCGACUUUCGACAUUGCUCUAGAUGAUGUCUCAAUCACAAAUCUCACAUUUGGCAGAGAGUUCAGAGAAGCAAUCGAGGCUAAGCAGGUUGCAGCUCAGGACGCAGAACGGGCUAAGUUUGUCGUCGAAAAGGCUGAGCAAGACAAGAGAAGUGCUGUUAUCCGCGCUGAGGGAGAAGCUAAGAGUGCUCAGCUCAUAGGACAAGCUAUUGCCAACAAUGAAGCUUUCAUCACUCUGAGGAAGAUUGAAGCUGCUAGAGAGAUUGCUCAGACCGUAGCUAAAUCGGCCAACAAGGUUUACCUCAGCUCCAACGAUCUUUUGCUUAAUCUCCAAGCAAUGAACUUGGAGCCUAACCCUAGCAAGUAA